CUAUUUAUACUCUCUCACCUGAGAGAAUUACUUCAUUUGUUUAUUUCUAUAAAUUGCUACGAUAUAAAUUUUUUGCAGGAGAAAUUUGACGAAUAUGCGGUCCGAUUAUGAAUCAAUCCGUCACAGUAAUUGUAGUCAAUUGUUGCAGAUUAGACGGAUGGGAACUCUAAAAGUAUUCAAAUAUGAUCGCGCUAUGGACGAACAAUGUUCGAUACUCACAUUGACUUUGUAGAAGAAAGAUCCUUUCUUUGUGAAGAAACUGAACAAAUGCAAUUUUACUUGAACGUCCUGCAGGCUUCAACUAUGCCAGAAGAACUGGAUGCUGUGCCAUUAGAUAACCCCUCGUUUGGUCUUUUAAAAAACGUACCAAAAAAUGAACACCAAACGUAUCCCCCGUCAUUUUAUUCCCGCGCCAUCUCGUAUUCACUUUCAAACUAUCGAAUCAGACAGAAGAUAAAUGACGAGCGUACUAGCGUCGGUCAUACAAAUCCUCUUUUGUUUCAUCGGCCAUUACGAAAUGCAGACUUUUAUCCCUACGCGACGCGGCGUUCUGAUAAAUGGGAUGCUAAGGGGUGGAAUAUACCUAUUUAACAUCAUUUGGGUCACUUUCUGCGAAGUUUUUAUGCUUUUCGAACGAUGACAGAAUUUUCCGAACCACGAUUAAGCGAAACAAGCGCUACGGUUUUGAACUGAAGCAUAUUUUGAAUCUCCUUAAUUUUGCCCAGAUUCAUAUCCCAAAUUUCAUGUGUUCUAGGUACCUAUGGAAAAAUAAGUUUUCUUUCUUCUUUAUUGAAUUAUUUCGAAUUCAAAUGUAACAAAGACGAACUCAAAAAAUGUACGAAUUACAAAGAUCUGUCGUACUGCCGCAAAAUGACUUUUUCCCAAAAUGAAAUGUCUGGCAGCUAUGCUAACAUUGUUCGCAAACAUGGUCCGAUUCCAGUAUAAAGUUAACAUUUUUCAGCGCAAAUUCGAUUUUAACGUGAUGAAUAGUUGAAUGCCAUCGCAGAAUUUCACAUCACUAUGCGUCAGGAGAUACCGAAUAAGACAUUGAUGGGUGACCUAGGUAAAAACAUCUGCGGAAAAAUUCCGUUUAGUUUAACGUUGCAAUGAAUUGAAACUGAUUUUUUAAACUUCUUUUUUCAUCAUUUGAUUCGAUACUACCCUAUUUCCUCCACCAGCAUGGCCUUCCAUGGUCAGAUAAGAUUUUACCUUGACUGGGUAUUUUUCGGCUGUGCUGAAGAUGGAUUUCAGAAAUAUCUGGUUGAACUCCGCAAAGCCUUACGAGAUGCCAUCACACAAUUCGGAUUACAUAUCACAACUAUAUCCGAAGAAAUGCGCUGCUGGCGAGAUGUUUCGAUAAAAAAUUGUGUGUCCUAGCCUAAUUUGUCAACGAAAUGUUCUUCGACUAAACUCCAACUGGGAUAACAUAGAUAGUAAACAUAGGGCGCCUAUAUAAGAUUGACGAUUUUCGGUAAGAUUAUACUGAGCCGCAAUGAAUAGUCCCAUUGCCAUUCUCGUUGUCCUCGCGAUCUUCGCGCAGAGUCAUUUCGGACACUGUGGUAGGUAUGGUGGUCAGAAUACGAACUCCAAAAAUCAGAGGCCCCUGGGUCAAUCCGGUGAGUCGAAUUAUGACACAACUAGCAACCCUGACGGUGAUAAUUCCGAUUUCGGAAAAACUCCAAAAAAUACUUCAAAAUUCUGCGCGAUAAAAAAAUCUGAGAAGAUAACACUUGACGGAGUGCUCGUAGGCCUCAGUGCCAUGUUCAGCACACCGAUAAGGUUGUUGAAGAAAUAUGGACCUAACGGCGGAUCGCCCAAUACUAUGGAAGAUGAAACUGCGAUUCAACAAAGCGAGAAUAAAGCUCUAGUGUAUUUUUCUAAGGCAGCCGAAGCUGGCUUUUCUAUACUUCAAAGACUUCGACCGGAAUAUGAAGAUCUCAUUCGGAGCAUCAGGAACAGAGCUUUUCCAAUGUUCUACAAUGGAAGCGCUGGAAUCAACUAUGCAACCAGAUUAGUCUAUAGAAAAAAUCCUGAGGAAGUACAAACUGAGAUCGAUGCCAUUCAACCGGAAACGGUUGCCUCGUUCGUGAAUGGCAUCGCCCAGUAUUACAUCGCAAUGCGAGAAGCUACACCAGGACAACCGGUGAUCUUGACUACAAAUGAACAACCGGAGGAACGAUCGCUCAUCAAUAUCAUGAAAAUGUUCCGUGGAGUUUUUUCCGCAAUAAGUUACAUGUUGGACUCUUUGGUCAACACAGGACGUUCGGGAAAUACUCGGCAGUAUUUAUCGGAGGUUCAGAAAAUCCAGGAAAAAUCAUUUUCGGCGGCCAAGGCGCAUGUCAAAGUUUUGUACAAUGAAAUUCGAAGAUGGGCCAACGUCCAAGUGGGAUGUGAAGAAUCCUGUGACGAAUCCGUUGAAUCGAGAUGGUGAUUUAAAUAUAACUAAAAAUACCUAAGAAAAUAUGGAAGAAGGAAUAUCAGCGGUGUCAGCAAAGUCACCGUAAAACAACCUUCUUCGAUUCACGAAUAUGUAUAAUUUAUCAACUUUUCGUAAUUCAUCCGAUUGUGAUACAAAACUGUUCAUUUUCUUCGUUAUACAGUAAGCGAAUGUGUGUAUCAAUAACAAUAACGUAAUAAAGGCCGCCUCGUUGAUAAAUCCUUUUGUUCGAUGGAACCGUCGCAUAUGUGCACGAAAUGAGAAAAGGGUUAAGGUCUUUCCAACAGCACUAAUAUUAUUUUAAAUUG